CUCUUUCUUCUUCUUUUCUUCCCCUCUCCCGACUCGUCUUCACCGUCUGUUGUUUCGUCUGCACGCCUACUUUUGGCCAAUUCAUCACCAUGUCGAACAACGACACCCAGAAGCCCUUGCCCUUCGGCUACCAAUUCAUUGCCGGUGCCGUCGCCGGUGUGUCCGAGAUUCUGGUUAUGUACCCCUUGGACGUGGUCAAGACUCGAGUUCAACUCCAGAAGGGUACCGCAGUCGCCGGUGAGGAAUACUACAAUGGCAUGUUCGACUGUCUGCGCAAGAUCGUCAAGAACGAGGGCUUCUCCCGCCUGUACCGCGGUAUCUCCGCUCCCAUCCUGAUGGAAGCGCCCAAGCGCGCGACCAAAUUUGCCGCCAACGACAGCUGGGGCGCCUUCUACCGCAACCUGUUCGGCGCCGAGAAGCAAACACAGUCACUGGCGAUCCUGACGGGAGCGACGGCCGGAGCGACCGAGUCGUUCGUCGUCGUGCCCUUCGAGCUGGUCAAGAUCCGUCUGCAGGACCGCGCCUCGGCCGGUAAAUACAACGGCAUGCUGGACGUCGUGAAGAAGAUCGUCGCCGCGGAGGGACCCCUCGCUAUGUACAACGGUCUGGAAUCCACCCUGUGGCGCCACAUUCUCUGGAACUCGGGUUACUUCGGUUGUAUCUUCCAGGUGCGCGCGCAGCUCCCUGCCGCCGAGCCGGGCAACAAGAGCCAGCAGACACGUAAUGACUUGAUCGCGGGUACAAUCGGUGGUACGGCCGGUACGAUUCUCAACACGCCCAUGGACGUCGUCAAGUCCCGUAUUCAAAACACCUCGAAGGUUCCCGGCCAAGUGCCCAAGUACAACUGGGCUUGGCCUGCCGUUGGAACUGUCAUGAAGGAGGAAGGAUUCGCUGCUUUGUAUAAGGGAUUCUUGCCCAAGGUGCUGAGAUUGGGUCCUGGUGGUGGUAUCCUUCUUGUUGUGUUUACAGGAGUCAUGGACUUCUUUAGGAAUAUGAGGGGCGAGUAAGAUCCUCUUUCCCUUUUUUUUUUUUUU